UUACUGUCCAUACCGGCUUCUGCUCUGUCUGCUUUAUUUCUACUGUUUCCACUGUUCAUCACUGUAGAAUGACUGGAGAUCAUCAACAUCAACACCACCAGAUGGAUUCUGGUUCCAAACAAAACGACUCUCACAAACAUAAAGACAAACAUAAAGAUAAAGAGCACAGACACAAAGAUCAUAAGAAGGACAAGGAGCGCGAGAAAUCCAAACACUCCAACAGCGAGCACAGAGACCCGUCAGAGAAGAAGCACAAGGACCGGGAGAAGGAACGAGUGAAACACAAGGAGGGCCGAGACGGCAGCUCCGACAAACUCAAGGAUAAAGAGAAGAGGAAAGAGGAGAAGAGGGAGGAGAAGGUCAAAUCUCACAGCUCCAACGGCAAGCAUAAGAGAGAGAAGGAGAACGGCUACGCAAAACCCCCUCACAUCAAAACAGAAGAGGACAAUGGCUAUGACGAUUCUCCAAAACUCCACAAGGCGGUGAAAAGAGAGAGAGAUGAAGAUGACUCCGAUUACAAACCCAAAAAGAUCAAAGUGGAAAAUCAGAACAAGGUGAAGAAGCGGAAGAAGGAGGACGACUUCGACGACUACGAACAGGACACAAAACCAAAAAAGAAGACAAAAGAUAAGAAACAGAACUCGGCCACGGGGAAGAAGAAGCCCAAGAAGGAGCCGGAGGAGAAAUGGAAAUGGUGGGAGGAGGAGAGGUACACAGACGGCUCAAAGUGGAGGUUCCUGGAACACAAAGGCCCCGUGUUCGCACCUAAAUACGAUCCGCUUCCAAAUAAAAUAAAAUUCUAUUAUGACGGAAAACACAUGAAGCUGAGCGAGCCAGCCGAGGAGGUGGCGACGUUCUUCGCCAAGAUGCUGGACCACGAGUACACGACCAAGGACAUAUUCAGGAAAAACUUCUUCAAAGACUGGCGGAAGGAAAUGACGUCAGAAGAGAAAUCCAAAAUCACCGAUCUGAACAAGUGUAACUUCACAGAGAUGAGCGAAUACUUCAAAGCUCAGUCGGAGGCUCGCAAACAGAUGACCAAGGAGGAGAAGCAGAAAAAUAAAGAGGAGAACGAGCGGAUCGUGGAGGAGUACGGCUUCUGUAUCAUGGACAACCACAAGGAGCGCAUCGGAAACUUCCGCAUCGAGCCUCCCGGGCUCUUCCGGGGCCGAGGGGACCACCCGAAGAUGGGCAUGCUGAAACGGCGCAUCCGCCCCCAGGACAUCAUCAUCAACUGCAGCAAAGACUCGAAGCACCCGGUGCCCCCUCCAGGUACCAAGUGGAAGGAGGUCCGUCAUGAUAACAAAGUGACGUGGCUGGCGUCGUGGACAGAGAACAUCCAGGGCUCCAUUAAGUACAUCAUGCUGAACCCCAGCUCUCGAAUCAAGGGAGAGAAGGACUGGCAGAAGUACGAGACAGCACGUAGGUUGAAGAAGUGUGUGGAGAAGAUCAGAAAUCAGUACCGUGACGACUGGAAGAGUAAAGAGAUGAGGAUCCGCCAGAGAGCCGUGGCGCUCUACUUUAUCGAUAAGCUGGCUCUGAGAGCAGGUAACGAGAAGGAGGAGGGCGAGAGCGCCGACACGGUGGGCUGCUGCUCCCUGCGGGUGGAGCACAUCUCCCUGCACUCCGAAAUGGACGGCCAGGAGUACGUGGUGGAGCUGGACUUCCUGGGAAAAGACUCCAUCCGCUACUACAACAAGAUCCCGGUGGAGAAGAGGGUCUUCAAGAACCUGCAGCUCUUUAAGGAAAACAAGCAGCCGGAGGACGACCUCUUCGACAGACUCAAUACGUCGAUUUUAAACAAGCAUCUUCAGGAGCUGAUGGACGGAUUAACAGCCAAAGUCUUUCGUACCUACAACGCCUCCAUCACCCUACAGCAGCAGCUCAAGGAGCUCACCUGUGGCGACGAUAACGUCCCAGCGAAGAUCCUCUCCUACAACCGUGCAAACAGAGCUGUCGCGAUCCUGUGUAACCACCAGAGGGCGCCACCCAAAACCUUUGAGAAGUCCAUGCAGAACCUGCAGACUAAAAUCGAUGCCAAAAAGAAUCAGCUCUCCGCUGCCAAGAGGGACCUGAAAGCAGCCAAAGCCGACGCCAAGGCUAUGCACGACGAGAGGAGCAAAAAGGCCGUGGAGGUGAAGAAGAAGGCCGUCGAUAGGCUGAGCGAACAGCUGAUGAAGCUGGAGGUGCAGGCCACCGACCGCGAGGAGAACAAACAGAUCGCCCUGGGGACGUCCAAGCUCAACUACCUGGACCCGCGCAUCUCGGUGUCAUGGUGUAAAAAAUACGGAAUACCCAUCGAGAAGAUCUACAACAAGACGCAGCGGGAGAAGUUCGCCUGGGCUAUCGACAUGGCCGACCAGGACUUUGAGUUUUAAAGUGGCCGGUGCGUUUUGUAUCGGCGUAGCGAAUCAAGAUCUGGAUCUGUGGAGUAAUCCGUCGUCUGUGUGUGAAUGUGUGUGUGUGGAAAGAAACCAGAUUUUUUUUUCCUGAUGAUUUUUAAUCCCGACAAUGUAAAAGUCACAAAAUGGUCCGGUUGAUGACAAUGAAAUGGGUCCUAAACUUGAGCCGUGAGGUACGCUGCCACAUCGGUUCAAACCCAGAUCUUUAAGGACGCACGGAUGAACUAAACUACGGAAUCCAUCUGAGAAAAUGACUAUUAUGAGAGUGUUUUCAGUCCCACAAGAUGUAGAAAUGCAACCGUAUGAGUACAUAUUUGUUAGGGAUGCACCGAUCCUGCUUUUAAUAAUCACGAUUUUUAAAUGCAUCUUAAAUAUUGAAGUAUUUGUCGUGGAAAUAUUUUACCACAGAGAAUCCGGAGCAAUGAAAUCGAAUGCGUCCUAGGAUCGAACCGUGACGCACGCCGCCUCUCCAUCGUUCACCGAUAAACACACACAAGAUCAAAAAAUAAAAGGCAAUCAAAUUUAUUCUCGGAUGCACAUGAGAAGGAAAAAAAAAACACAACCAGACUGGACCUAGCAUUGAACCCUGAGGUACACCGCAGCUGAUUUUCGCACAGCUUUUUGUAUAAAAUGAUUUUUUUUCUUGUUUUGAAAUGAACAUCGCAAUGAAUUCAAUCGAAUAGGUCCUAGCAUUGAACCUUGAGGUUCCACGUCUGCCGUUUUGCUUCGUUUUAGCAUCGCAUCGUCGUCAAACGUCGACCGAUUUUAGCUAACAAAUGUACCAGUUUUAUCCAUUUUUAUCAUGGUUACAGCCGCCGGGUCGGUGCAUCCCUGCCGAACACUGUCCGUGUUGCUUUUAUUUUCCUCAGUUUUGCAGUCUGGAUCAGGGAUGUACAUGUGAUUUCUCAGCGUUUGUGAGCGAUCGGAGCGUACCGCGACAUCUACGCUGUGGAUUUAUUCUUAUUUUAUUAUUAUUUUUUCUGGUUUUCAUUUCAUUCCUGUGCGGCGGGAUGUUUUUCCGGUAGCACAGCAGUACAACUCUUACUUGAACAUGACUGGGUGAGACUCGCACAUGAUGAAGUUUCUGAUGAGGUAUGAAAUGCGAUUUUGCCAAAUGUGAGCGCGAGAGCGGGCGAGAGAGAGAGAGAGAGAGAGCGUACGUAUGAACGGCCGUGUACAUGCAGAACAGCAGAGUCUUACUGAAGCUGUUUGUAAAGAAUUAGGAACAAGGUGUUUCAAUUGAACUUUUUAAUGUGAGCCACUGCACUUAUUUAUAGCUGGUAGGAAGUGUGCUAAAGCUAACGUCAACCGUUUUUACCACGUGUAGCCUUAAACAAUCAUGUUUUCUUUGAUUCUAUGGAUAUAUUGCUUCUUUUACAGAGAAUAAACCAUGCCUUUCCUCCCUCUCUUAUCUUCUCCUUACUCAUCACUCACUGUUAUGUUCACACGCUUUGCUUUCGUGUAUUUUCUGUUGAAAGAAUUUAAAUAAAACUUUGUAUUGCAAUA